GACGUCAAAUUACCAAAUCAGUUUCCGCGUCACUACAAAGACAACAACAUACAUAUAUGUGUAACAUGUAUAUCUGGUAGGCAUAACGUGUAUUUCCUCUCCACAUCGUCAGACGAAAUAUGGCACUGUUAAAUACACUGUGUUUACUUCUAGUGAUGGUUUACUCGGUACAGACAUACUAUUACCGAACCUACUGUACUUCUAGUUCGGACUGCAGACGGGGCCAAUGUUGCAGGGGAAGGGAAGGUCAGGUUAUAGGAGGCGAUACCACUCUCACUCCACAGACAGGUAUUUGUGCCACGUACAAUAACGACAGGCAAUUGUUGGAUGACGGAUGUGGUUGUGGAUGUGCCAAAGGUUCUCUGUGUUACCGCGAAGUAACUGGCGUAUGUUGCGCUCCCUUUACUUGCCAAGAUGCUGAUUAUGUUCGUGAAAGACAAGCAUUUUGGAAAAACUGCAUUAGGGACCCAAACUGUCAACUUCCGCCUGUUGUCAGACCACAAGAAGGGGAAUUGACACGCAAAUAGAUUUCAGUCAUAAUGCAGAACUGUAUGAAUAAACGGUAAUCAUAUUUUAGCGUUUUCACGCUAUACACUGAAUUAUAAUUAAACUUAUUGUAGUUUC